GUCGUCGGCGGCGGCGGCGACGGCGUCUACCGCGGCGACUCCAUGAUCUGCGCCGCCGCCAUCCACGCCGGCGUCGCCACCGACCUCAGCGGCGGGUGCGGCCGCCUCCGCCGCCUCGGCCGCCACGAAGUCUUCAACGCCUCGGCCCGGAACGGCGUCGAGACCGUCCCCUUCGACUCGUACUUCCCGCUGUCCUUCGAGCUGUCCGCCGCCGACGACCCGUCGGCGCUGCUGCGCUGCGGCCGGCGGGACCCGCGCGAGGUCCUGCUGCCGACCUCGGUCUUCUUCUCCGCCGUCUUCUCGCUCUUCACGACGUCGCCGGCCUGGCAGUUCUUCGUUUCCUUCGUCGGCAUCUUCGCCCACGUCAGCUUCGCCUCCGACCCGCCCACGACGUCGCGCCACCCGGCCUCCGUGCUGCCGGACCGCAUCUCGCUGUUCGCCGGCCGCCUGCUGCCGGCGGCCUUCUGCGCCGUCGUGCUCUACCGCAUCUGCGUCCGGCGCACCCUCGCCAACCUGCGGGCCCAGUUCGAGAAGACGGCGCUGUGGCUCGGCGGCUUCUGGUUCGGCGCGCUGUCCAACUACACCUUCGGCUGGAUGCCGAUCCAGCGGCUCACGGCGCACGACAUCGAGCAGCAGCCCGGCGCCAAGCCGGCGCUGGCCCUCAUCCUCACCGUCCUCGCCUUCGUCAUGGCCAAGCAGGUCUACUUCUUCUGGCUCGAGGGCCGGCUGCCGCGCUUCCUCGCGCUCUACGCCCUCUUCCUGGCCGGCAUCAUCGUCGGCGUCUCCAUCCCCGGCCUCGACCUGCGCGUGCACCACUACAUCAUGGCCUUCCUCCUGCUCCCCGGCACCAGCAUGCAGACGCGCACCUCGCUCUUCUACCAGGGCAUGCUGCUCGGCCUCUUCGUCAACGGCAUCGCCCGCUGGGGCUUCGACUCGGUGCUGCAGACCCCCGACGAGCUGCGCGAGGACGGCGCCUUCGGCUCCCUCCUCCCCCGCCUCGCCGAGCCCGUCGUCUCCUCGGGCCCCUCCGAGCGCAGCAUCAGCUUCAGCUGGCUGCUGCCGCCCGACGCCGACCUCGUCGCCGCCGGCUACGACGGCGUCAGCGCGCUGGUCAAUGACGUCGAGCGGUUCCGCUACUACUUCGCCGACGGCCCGCACGACAACCUCUUCGUGUGGAUACGCAAGGCCAACUUGGCCGUGCCCGAGUAUUUCAGAUUUGCUUACAUGAGGGACGGCGUUACACUAGACUAUACAAAGGCCGGCACGUGGUUCGCCAACGGAACAUGGGCGAUGCCGCCGCAAUAGAAUGGGAUGGAGCGGGAAUGGGAUUGCGGGAUGGGUGGGAUUUAGCAUGCAAAAGGCGGCGAGGCGUUAAGAUUUGCGAUUCUGUUUUUCCCGUCUUUUUUACACACAGCGACUUGGUAUUGGGCAUAUGCAUUUUUCAUCGUCUGAUUAACAUCAUCGUUGCCGCUCGUGAGCCUCUCGUUCCCGUCCAUCUUCCGUCCGGAUGCUUUUCUUCGGGAUCGGGAUCGAGACACCCUGGCAAAUCGGCCAUGCCGAACAUCAACGGAGAAGAAACUAGUCAUAAAAUGCAUAGCAACGGCGACGAAAAGCCCCAUAUUUAAUGUGUCAUGUUAUCUGCGCCCUU